AUGGCUGAAGCGAUUGGAGUCACAGCCGGUUUACUGGGCAUCGCAACAUUCGCAUUCGAGACAAGCAAGGCUGUCUACGACCUUGUGAUCAGCAUCCAAAAAGCUCCUCAAACGAUCCGAGACUUGAAGAGCGAAUUGCUAGCCCUCGAUCCGGUUCUCAGCUCUAUCCACAAGACAGUCACGAGCGAUGCCUCGAAGUUUGAAGACAUCCGCUACCCGCUCCAUCAGUGUGGCAUGGUCUGUUUCAACCUGAGGUCGCUCAUUCAACAGUGUACCACGCAUUCAGCCGAUGGCAGCAGAAGCGCGAGAGAUUGGGUCAAAAUGCAGUAUAAAGGAAAGACCAUUGACGGAUACAAGGGCCAGCUCGCAUCGUACAAAGCUACCAUUGCAAUCGCACUAGACCUUUUCACGCUAACUACUUCUAACUUGACCGCCGAAGCCAUUGAUGGAAUAAAAAAGAAGCUUGACGAUAAAAUCAGCGAAACGGAGCCGGACCUUGAGGUGCAUAUUGAGGAAAUUACUAAAGGCCUCAAAAGUCUUGCCGUUAAAGUCUCCGCCAUAUCUCAUGAUCAACACAGCCAACCUGAUGGGGAUAGCAGUCUACUGGUUCGGGAGGGACAGAAAAGAGUACUCGAGGAGGACCAACUGGCUCUAGAAGCCGAGAAGAAGGCUAUUGAGCAAAGCCAGCAGGCCUGUACAACAGCAAGAAAAUGGCUAGCAGAGACCACUCCGCAACUUGAUUCUGGGUCUGUUCAUGUCAACUUUUCAGGUGCAAGCAAUUCGGGUUUCCAACUAGGUCAAAAUACGGGCUUCAUUAGCAAUUUGAAAUGGGGUGCUCAACCUUGA